AUGACCGCCUACAACGACAAAAAACCCUUCGAUCUGAUCAAACGCGGCGAGAAAGCCCCCACGCCCGCCGGCACCCUAACAUUCACCACCCUCCGUCUCCUCGACCUACCCAUCCAACACGCGCUCCUCACGCUCCCCGCCGGGCUGGGCAUCCGGCUCCUCUCCAGCCUCGGCCUCACCGCCAUCGCCUCCCUCUCCGCGCCCGGCAGCACACUCUUUCACACGGGUCUCCCCUUCCUCGACAACCUCGCCGGAAGCGGCGUGGGCAUAAUCCUCCUAGCCAUGGCCUGCGGCUCAGCCGCGAAGCAGAUAUACUGGCAACUGCGUCUAAGCCAAGAGAGCUUCCCGCCAGCCGCCGCAACGGCCGUGAGUUUCUACAACACGCUAGUCAAUUCCGCGAACUCGUUGCUGUUCAUGGCGCUGGCGACGACGUCCCUGCGCUCGCAGCCUCUGCUGUCGAUCCCCCUGCCAAACUUCAUCUCCGAGUCGAACGCCCUGCUGCCGGCAAGCGUAGUAAUCGGCACAGCCCUCUACGUAACCGGCCUAACCAUCGAGACGCUCGCCGAGCACCAGCGCGCCCAGUUCAAGGCGCGCCCGGAAAACAAGGGCAAGGUGUGCAAGCAGGGCCUAUGGUCGUGGGCGCGCCACGUCAAUUAUUUUGGCUACAGCCUGUGGCGCGGCGGGUACUGCAUGGUGGCCAGCGGCUGGGUCGGCGGGCUGGCCAUGGGCCUGUUCCAGGGCUGGGACCUGAGCCAGCGGGCCGUCGCCACGCUGGAUGCGUACUGCUCGGACCGGUACGGGCAGCAGUGGCGGCAGUUCAAGAUGGAGGUGCCGUACCGGAUCGUUCCGGGCGUCUACUAG